CAGCCUUGCCUAGUGUCCUUCCCUUGUGGCUCCCGCUCGCAUCUGCGCGGUGACACUGACGGUGACAGUCGCACACUUUACCCAACCCUCUUACACUGCGCGCAACCACAUACUAGCACACAAGACCACAAGGGCGAUACAAAGUUGGUGUUUGGUGUUCAUGUCGGAUGCCGUCCGUCGUCACUCAUGGCCGAAUGCGUUCGACGAAUGCAGGUGUGGCAGUUCCGACAUACGCCAGCUCUAUACGGUCUGCAGCCAGACGCAAGCAAGGUGUGAAGAAGAGGCACUAUCUACCACGGGACUUGGCGUUGCAAAGUUCUUAUCGUCAGGUGUUCAAUAUUUCCCUGUCGCUCCAUCAAGUAUUUCAGUUCUUUCCGGAUGUGGUCUGGCUGUCACGAUCCGUACCAAGGGAUGAAAAAGACAUGUCUUCUAUUCAUUGCGAGUACCAGCCAGCGAAAUCGGAUCCUUCUCCCUACCUCAAUAUCCCUGAGAAUGGACGGGGAUCACCGGCUUGUGUGCUGGGUGAGGGUCAAGUCUAUCCAGGUCUCUGCAAAGUCAAGGGCACAACGACAAACCCUCGCGUCCUCGGUAGGACUCACAUCUCGUUCCCCAUCACACGCUCCGGCGACAGAAACAACUCGGCUGAAAGUCGCAAGUACUCACGCAAAUCAUCAGUUCGUCAAAAGCAGUGGAGGACAAAAAGGGGAAAAAUAAGCGCUUGUACGGCGCAGGUAUAUCCUAUACCUCCACAAGUCGCUUACGCUCCACUUAGGUUUCAGUUCGGCUGCGAUCUGCAGACUGCAAGGGACAGUCCUACGCUUACGCAAUGGUCAUCCUCAGGACACCAUCACGACCAUCAUCAUCUUGUCUGCUCACCUCUCUGCUCACCUCGUCAACCCCCUGUUUUCUCGCCUGGACACACCGAUACCUUUCGAACAAGUCACUAGGUCUCACUCUGGUCAUGUCAUACUGGGAGUUGCGGUUGGAAGUU